CGCUACAUUGAAACAGAAAUUGGUUGUUUUAGAGAAAUUCAUUUUGAAGCGCUCGUUUCCUCUUUCAUUAAUUUGUGUGGUGAGGAAAAAAAAAAAAACAAAAAAACAAAAAAAAAAUGUCGUGCUGUGGUGGGAAUUGCGGGUGCGGAUCCGGGUGCAGCUGUGGGAGCGGAUGCGGAGGGUGCAAGAUGUACCCUGAACUGGGUGAGGAGAAGAGCUUCACUGCUCAAACCGUGAUCGUGGGGGUUGCACCUCAGAAGGAGCAGUUUGAGGGGUCUGAGAUGGCUGCUGGAUCCGAGAAUGGUGGGUGCAAGUGCGGAUCCAACUGCACCUGCGAUCCCUGCAACUGCAAAUGAGGAGAGGCAGCGCAUCCUAAAUAGGAGUAAGAGGGAGAGGCAGAUCGAUGCAGGGGAAUGAGAUGAUGCAGUGGUUGUUUGGGUUGUGUUCUGUUGUGUUGUGUUGUGUUAAUUUACUACUAGGUUGUGUGUUUGGUGUUGUGUGGUGUGUUUUAUUUUAUUAUUAGUGUUUAGUGAUGAUGAGGGGGAGCAUAACUACUAUAUAUCUACAUACUGUAGAUGAGUAUAUAUGCCUCCUUGUGUUGCUGUUGUUUCCGUAUGCUUGUAGCGAUCGAGUACUAUGUAUGGAUGAUGGAUUCUCUCUCUCUCUCUCUUUAACUGAAGGAGAAUAAAUACUUUCACCUAUCUUGGUUUUAUUA